GAAGUGAACCUUGCUCUGUUUCAUCUUCGAAGUGAGAAAGAAUAAACAAUGGAAGGAAAGAAAGAUGAGAUGAGGAAGGGGCCAUGGAAAGCAGAGGAAGAUGAGGUGCUCAGAAACCAUGUGAAGAAAUAUGGCGCUCGUGAUUGGAGCUCCAUUCGAUCCAAAGGCCUCUUGCAGCGAACCGGCAAGUCCUGUCGCCUCCGUUGGGUCAACAAGCUUAGACCCAAUCUGAAGAAGUAAUUAAUUAAUUCGCUACUCUCCCUGUCUCCACAUGCAAUCAUUUUAUAAGAUUUUGAUCAUGCUGUUUUCUCCAAAUUUGCGUUAUCGUUUCCCAAUUCACAUACAUGUUUAUGAUAAUGGAUGUGUCGUUGGUGUAGUGGGUGCAAGUUUUCAGUGGAGGAAGAGAGGGUUGUGAUAGAGUUGCAGGCACAGUUUGGGAACAAAUGGGCCAAAAUAGCGACUUAUUUGCCAGGGAGAACUGAUAAUGAUGUGAAGAAUUUCUGGAGUAGCAGACAGAAAAGGCUAGCAAGGAUUCUACAGACUUCGGCGACUCCUUCCACUUCUUCCUCCUCUAACUCCAAGCCACGGAAGGCUAAAAAGGAAAUUCCUUUUCGUGAUGUUCCCACUCUGCAGGUUCCAAUGUUCAACUUUCCAAUGGAGGAAGAAUCAUCUACAAAGGCACAGUCGUGUUCAACAUCCUACAUUGAAACCCCUGAGCCAAUCUCUAUGGUGCCAUUGCCAUUCCAUCCAGAUAUUGUUAAGAUCGAGUUGUCUAGCUAUGAUACAAAUCUUGUUCAAUUGGAGGCCCAAACGCAAAAUCCUUUCCCUCAAAUCUCACAACACCAACCAGACCUUACAUUUUCUCCAGAAAGCCAGGAACUGCUAGCCAGACUUGAGGAUCCUUACCUAUUCAAUGUGUUUGGCGCAGUAGAUGAGCCUGAACUUGAACCACAGCUUGCCCUGGGGCCGCCAUUGUUUGAUCCGGUUCCAGGCUGCAUGAAUAGUGCGAGGGAAGUAAGGAAUCCUGCAACUCGUGGUACCUUCUUCGAUGACUUCCCUUCGGACAUGUUUGACAACAUUGUACCACUUCCAAGCCCUUAGCAGUGUGUCAGUCACGUAGCUGUUUUCAUCUCGAUGGUGGAUGAUCAACUCUUAACUAAUUUCUUUAGUUGCAUUUCUUAUGAAAUUGUUGUGCAUGUGAAUGCUAUUCUUUGUACUAACCGCCAGUAUAUAACUUUUUACGACUUCUUUUUAAACAA